AUGUCGGAUGGUAGACAGCGACUUUCAGGUGCAGAAUAUAGGAAAAGAAAACGUGAAAAAGAAGCUGUAAUUAAAAAACAGUCUAAUUCUAUCAAAAAAUUUUUAACGGGUUCUUCCUCUUCAUUAAAUAUUUCAAAUGCUGUAGUUGUACAACCUAGUGAAGUUGUUGACUCUUUCUCAGUUAUAGAUGCCACUGUACCUUCUGAAACUACAGUAGCCAAAAGUUCAACAGAAAAUGUUAUCAGUACAGACCCUGCGGAAUGGCCUUUAAUUAUUAAUAACGACUUUAAAACAUUGUUGGUUGAAAAAGGCCCUCCUGCUCCGUUAAAUGCAAAUUUUGUAUUUCCUUCAGAUGAUCAAGGACGAAAAUUCACACAAUUUCAUUACAAACGAAGUAUGAGUAAUGGAGAAAAUGUCACAAGAACAUGGCUUGUAUACUCUAUUUCCAAUGACGUAAUAUUUUGUUUUUGCUGUAAACUAUUUGAUAAUUCAAACUCUAAGUUGGCUUUAGAAGGGUAUAAUGACUGGAGGCAUUGUACACAAAUGUUAAAAGGACAUGAAACAUCAAAAAAUCAUUUGACCGCAUAUAGUACAUGGUUAGAAUUGUCAUUGAGGUUAAAAAAAACAAAAACAAUUGAUGACGUAAACCAACGUAUUUUAGAAUCUGAGUGUAGGCAUUGGAAUGAAGUUUUACAACGUAUCAUGUCGGUAGUACAAUUUCUCGGUCAUCAAAAUUUAGCUUUUCGUGGAUCAUCUGAUCAGUUAUUCAAACAUAAUAAUGGAAAUUUUUUAAAAUUAAUUGAACUUAUGGCUAAGUAUGAUUCUGUGAUGGCUGAACAUGUAAGAAGAAUAAUUAAUAGUAAAAAAAAUAUAAGCCAUUAUUUAGGAAAAGAUAUUCAAAAUGAGAUGAUUAAUUUAUUAGCUCAGUCUAUUAAGUCUCGCAUAGUUACUAUGGUUAGCGAAGCGAAGUAUUAUAGUAUUAUACUAGAUUGUACUCCUGAUAUAAGUCACUCGGAGCUCAUGACUAUUAUUAUUCGUUUUGUGUCAAUUGAAGAUUCAAAAGUUACCAUACGUGAACAUUUUCUUGGUUUUAUUUCAGUUGAAAAUAGUACUGGAGAAAAUCUAUGCGAUGUACUUUUAAAUAUAUUACGUGAGCUGAAUAUACCUUUGAGUAAUAUGCGAGGACAAGGAUAUGACAAUGGAGCCAAUAUGAAAGGUGUGCACUCCGGAGUCCAACGGCACAUUCGAAAUAUUAAUCCACGUGCAUUUUUUGUUCCUUGUAGUGCGCAUUCCUUAAAUCUUGUUGUAAAUGAUGCCGCAAAAUCUUCAAAAGAAGCUGUAGCGUUUUUUGAUAUAAUUCAAAAAGUAUUCAACUUUUUUUCUGCCUCAACUAUUCGUUGGCAAAUUCUUUUAAAACAUGUUAAAGAACUAACACUCAAACCAUUAAGUCAAACCCGGUGGGAAAGUCGAAUAGACGCACUUAAACCGUUUCGAAAUUACAUAGGUGAAAUUUAUGAUGCUUUGUUUGAAAUAUCAGAAAAUAUAAAUUUAGAUCCGAUGGUAAAACAUGAAGCUGAAUGUUUAUGUAAUCUUAUUAAAACAUUUAAAUUUAUUUGUUCUGUUGUCAUUUGGUACGACAUACUUAAUCAUAUAAAUCCAGUUAAUAAAUUAAUGCAAAAACCAAAUUUUGACAUAUCUUUAGCUUUGGGCAUUUUAGAAACUUUAUUGAAACAUUUAAAUGAACUGAGAUCUGAAGAAUCUUUUGAGAAAAUGAUUAUAGAUUCAACAGCACUUGCGACGGAAAUGGGAGUAGAGUCUGUUUUUGAGAACUCACGGGGUAGAGUUAAACCACGACGUACUCGUAAACACUUUGAUUAUGAACACAACGAUGAACCACUAUAA